AUGAAUCUGAAAAUAACCUCAACAGUUAUCAACGUCACGUACAAUUUAGGACACAUCGGCGCGGGGCCGGCGAUCGCGGCCGCCGCCUCGCAAGCCAUCGCGGCCACGCAACGAAUGCAGCAGGGUAGAAGGACGGCUAGUCUUAAAGCUUCGUAUGAGGCGAUAAACACGGGUAGUCACGGGCACGAGUUCAGUAUCGGGAGAGAGUUGGCCGGGGCGGCGCAAACUGCCAUCCAGGCGAUCCAACAGGACCACACCAACAACAAGAAAAAACAAAAGAAAUGGGCUAGCAGUAACUCGAAUACCACGUCGGCUUCGACGAUGCAGGCGAUGUUGAACGCCCCCUUGUCGGCCGCCGCCCCCGAGUCGCCGUCCAUAGACGUGUCGUCUCAGAGUGCGGAAGUGACCGACGGCGAGUGGACGUAUGACCCGAACGAACCGAGAUACUGUCUGUGUAAUCAAGUGUCCUAUGGCGACAUGGUGGCUUGUGAUAACGAAGAUUGUCCGACGGAGUGGUUUCAUUAUCCUUGUGUUGGUAUCACUGCGCCUCCAAAAGGAAAGUGGUAUUGUCCUCAGUGUUUAGCGUCUAUGAAACGUAGAGGGGGAAGGAAAAAUUGAGUCAGAUGAGGAUAAGUUAGCUUAAGUACUACUAUGAGACAAAUGUAUGAAAACAUGAAAUUUGAUGUUGAAGAACGAGGAGACUAAAUAACUAAAUGUAAUUACCAGAAUAUAGUGGAGAAAAAGAGUCAUUUUUCAUGGAUCAUAUUUUUUAUACUGCAUAAAUCAAUUUUGGUCUGUUAUGUCGCUGCGACGCGUUGUAGUUUCAGUCAGGACUUGAUAACACGAAUUGGAAUUUAAUGCAGGCUAGGUUAUAAAGCAGGAUGGACAAAGCAAACGGAAACAACUAGUUUGAAGUGAUUUAUAUAAAUGAAUUUACUUGUAUGUUCUGAACUGUCAUAAGAACAAAAAUCUGUAUAAAUAUACCAAAAUAUAUCUCCCAAAAA